UUGAUCUUUCUGCCGCGCAGAAUGUUUUCUGGGGACAGUGCUUCGUAGAGUACUUGUUCAGAAGCACACUCCUGAACUGUCCAACUAUAAGAAGCAGAAUGCUAGUAGCGAUCUGAGCAGUAGAUAAUUACAUUCAUAUGACGUUCUCAGAAAUUUUAUAUUCUUGAAGUUGUUGGAGUUUCUAACAGCUGUCUCGAGUUGAUUAGUGACUAAUUCUGGUCAAUAAUUACGGUACGCAAAUCAGGUUUCUGCUGUUUAGAAUCAGGCUUCGCACUUUAGCCAUGGGAGGAAACUGCUCCAAGGCAGAGAACAUCGAGCCAGAAGACAGGGCACCAUUCGCCAACAAUAACAAGCCAUGUAACAAUAUUGACUUGCCAAAUUUCAACUUGUACGAAUCACUGACUGCCCUUGGGGCUCGCAGCACAAUCGGAAGAGUUCGCGACGAAGAUGAGUAUGCGGGAAUAUUUCCAGCUGAAGACCUUCUUGGUGAGUCCAAAGCAUUGCUAGCUAAGAACCUUGAUAUUUUGAAAGGCACAUCCGAUUUUACCACAAUAUUUGCCUUCGAGGCUCUUCAAGCAAUUCAUGGAACAUCGACAAGACAUAAGCCUGACGAAGAGAGACAGGUUCUCGGCGACUUUCUGGCAGAUAUUGGCUACGCGGAAUUAUUCUUGCGCAUGUGGCACUCCUUGGAUACCGAGGAUCUAUAUGACGAAGAAAAUGGCCGGGAUGCUCUGCUGAAUCUGAAGAAAAUGAAAUCUGGUUUUAUGAAUUUCUCUGACGCUUCUCCGCUGAUGUGUAAGAGAUUGGGCGAGUGCGGUGCCCUGUCGCUUUUGCUUACUGAUCUUGAAGAUCCAAGGUUAGAGGUUUCAAUGUUGACGGAUAGAAGCCGUCGACAUGCGGUUAAAGGAACUCUGGGAAUUUUACAUAAUUGCCUGCGCAUGCAAGAAGAGAACAGACAACUUCUACGUGAUGACUCCGUCAUUGAACUCCUUAUGAACUUUACACAAUCUACAUAUCUCAUAGUAAAAGCUACCUGUUACUUAGUGCUUGCCUAUAUUGUUGAAGAAGAUGAUAAGGACGAUAUUCAUGACCAGUGUAUUGAAUUUCUAGUGCGCAUGCUUGAGGAUGCCCUGAAGAACCCCGAUCAUGUCCGGAAACGGUAUGGUUUUACCGCUGGAGAAACAAUACGUGCACUGCGCCAUAUGUUGUUGAAAGACUCAAACAAAACGAGAAUCAAAAAAAGGGGAGUUCUGCCAUCAUUUCGGAAGAUGUUGGAGAACUCAUUUAGCUCAACUGAUCAGCUAAUUUCUAUAGAAUGCAUGUGGAACAUGGCAUUUGUAGACGAAAAUCGUGAAGCUAUACUCAACACCGAAGGGACCAUUGAAGCACUUCAAGACAUAGCAACGAAUUGUCGAAAUACCAAAGUACAACAGGCUUGCAAUGGUGCUCUUUGGGAGAUUUUCAAAGGAGAGGUCUCGGAAGUUGAAAGCAUCGGUGGGGCCAAAGGGGGUGCUAGAUCUGGUAGUCGAAAGAUUGUAGAGCACGUAAUGAUAAGCUACGAAGACUCAUCAAAGAAUGCAAUGAACUCCUUAAAGGAAAAGAUAAAAUUACAUGGUUUCAAUGUUUGGAUGGAAGAAGACAAAGCAGAAGGCGACAUGUUAACGUCUAUGUCCCAAGCAGUGGAGAAUGCUGCAGUAGUAAUUGCCGGAAUGUCCUCGAAAUACAAAGAUAAUCUGGGAUGCAGGACAGAGUUAACUUACGCCAAGCGACUUGAUAAACCUAUUAUCCCACUGCUUAUGGAAGAGAAUUAUGAGCCAGAUGGGUGGUUGUCAGAUAUCGAACCGACCGAACCUUUGUAUCUCUACCUGGACGAAGAACACCUUGCGUCAUUUUUACCUGAUGUGUUGCACAUAAUUGAAAGUGUUUCUCCACGAAUGGCUACGGUUGCUCAACGAAACAAUGAGCGGGAAGAGUUGACUGAUGAAGAAGACGUGCAUGCAGACAAAGAUACAGACGAAUGUACAGACGACAGUGUACAAGAACUGGGGGCAGGACCUGCCGGUGCUCAAGCUCUAUCGUUGGUGGAAACUGAUCAGUACCGCGAACCACCUCCUUACCAAUCCCAUGAACAAACAGUGCCACUUACGGGAGAGACGGACAAGAAGAGUUAUGUCACAGAUAAAGCUUUUCAAUGGGCGAAGAUUGACGUCCAGAAAUGGUUGAAAGAAUGCGGAUUAGGCCAGCUUAGAAAGAAGUUGUCACGUUAUGACGGGGAAAUGUUAGGUCAACUCUACACAGUAUCUCAACAUGCUCCAGAAUUCUUCUACUCCGCCCUAAGACAGGACCUUGGAAUAAAAGAUUUGUUAACUAUCUUGAAGUUUACAAAGGCAAUGGAAGCGUUAGGUAUGCAUUUUUAGAUUGCCGACCAUCAGUCGUAGUAAACCUCACUCGCAACAAUGUAUGUACUUAUGAACAUUUAUAGAGUGAACUUGUUCCCACAAUUGUAGAUAUACAAAGUUUGUAAUUAUUGUAAUUAUUAAUACUUAUAUUUUUGAUAUGCUUCGUAAUUCUAAAAUUGUAUUUUAAUGACAAUGGGUUAAUGAGCAUGUAAGAGGCAAACAAAUAUAUUUAUCACUCAGAGAGUGAAUAAGGUGUGUGUGAAUAUCUUUGCAUCAAACACCGGAAUGCUCGAAAGUCUGAUACACCUUCAGAUUUUGUAUGUUAUAUCUCGUAGUAGCAUGCGAUGGGAGUCAUUAGAUGUACAAAAGACUGUCCAGAGCAGAAAAUUCGCCUGUUUACUAGAUAUUUCAUUCACACAUUUACUAAUAUAAUAUCCAACAUUUAUAGUAUUACUAUAGGCAUAUUUCGUUGUAAAAAGAAUUGUUCUAAAGCAUAAUGGAAAACGAAAGACUUCCUUUGCAUUGAUAUUAAAAAUGAUAUUAAAAAUUAUUAUUUCAUAAGUGUACAACCAUUUUUCGACUGAUUUAUAGUAUUACUAUAUAGGCUAGCUUGGUCUAUAUAGACGUGACCUAAUUUUGACGCUUUUUGUUUACGGUUUUGUAAACAGUGCCAAGAUUCAGGACAGACGCGCUGCAAUGAUCACUUGGAAACGAACAGGGUAUCUUGCGUUUGUGUCUAAGCUGUAAAACUAUCUAUCAUAGUCGAAAAACAAUUAAUGCGCUUUUUGAUCUAGGCUAGGCCUAUUUUUAUGUAGGCUGCAUUUGAAAACGUGUAUAGGCCAUGUUGUACACGUAAUGGUCACUUCCGAAGGAUGGUAUUCUGUAACCCGUAUUUGGCAGGCAAAACACAGGGGUGGAGCCAGGGGGGGGGGCGUUUCCCCCGUCGGGGAGAAAAGCACAAUUCGUCGGGGAGAAAAAAAUUAUAUGUAUUUUUUUACAUAUUAGUAGCAUCUAAAAUCAAUUAAAUAAGCCUUUGAAACACCUAAAUCGCACCAUCCCCCCUGUCGGGCAAACCCUGGCGCCACUCCUGGCAGAAUAACUUGAUGGAAUAAAACUAGAGACUGGUAUAUUGAUUACACCAGUUUUAACCAACUGCGCUACCAUGAUGUCGGUAGUGGUGUGUUUUAUUCAAGAGACGUUUAUUUUUUGGGGUGUAAAUGGAUGCGUAUAGACUCAAACGUCCCUUAAUUUCACUGUAAACGUGGAACUACAGGACAUAAUUACCAUCAAAAUGUGUUAUUGUGUGAUCAUAAAGACUUAUUGAUCCCAAACAGGU